AUCUUGAUACACUUGAGUCCACCUUCUAGACACAAGAUGCCAAUAGAGAGAUUGACUCCAUCUCCAAGCCCAUGAAGGCUGAGGCCCCUUCUGGCCCAAAGAUGGGGAACAUCACUACAGACAACUCCUCACUAACCUGCCCCAUCGACCACACCAUCCACCAGACACUGGCCCCGGUGGUCUAUGUGACUGUGCUGGUGGUGGGCUUCCCGGCCAACUGCCUGUCCCUCUACUUCGGCUACCUGCAGAUCAAGGCCCGGAAUGAGCUGGGAGUGUACCUGUGCAACCUGACCAUUGCAGAUCUGUUCUACAUCUGUUCACUCCCCUUCUGGCUGCAGUACGUACUCCAGCACGACAACUGGUCCCAUGGGGACCUCUCCUGCCAGGUGUGUGGCAUCCUCCUCUAUGAGAACAUCUACAUCAGCGUGGGCUUCCUCUGCUGCAUCUCCAUCGACCGCUACCUGGCUGUGGCCCACCCCUUCCGCUUCCACCAGUUCCGAACCCUGAAGGCGGCCGUGGGUGUCAGCGUGCUCAUCUGGGCCAAGGAGCUGCUGACCAGCAUCUACUUCCUCAAGCACGAGGAAGUCAUCGAGGACGAGGACCGGCACCGGGUCUGCUUUGAGCAUUACCCCAUCCAGUCCUGGCAGCGUGGCAUCAACUACUACCGCUUCCUGGUGGGCUUCCUCUUCCCCAUUUGUCUGCUGCUGGCCUCCUACCAGGGCAUCCUGCGGGCGGUGCGCCGUAGCCACGGCACACAGAAGAGCCGCAAGGACCAGAUUCAGCGGCUGGUGCUCAGCACCGUGGUCAUCUUCCUGGCUUGCUUCCUGCCCUACCACGUGCUGCUGCUGGUACGCAGCCUCUGGGAGGCCAGCUGUGAGUUUGCCAAGAGCAUCUUCAACAUCUACCACUUCUCCCUCCUCCUCACCAGCUUCAACUGUGUAGCCGACCCGGUGCUGUACUGCUUCGUCAGUGAGACCACUCACAGGGACCUAGCCCGCCUCCGAGGAGCUUGCCUAGCCUUCCUUACCUGCUCCAGGACAAGCAGGGCCAGGGAGGCCUACCCUCUGGGUGCCCCCGAGGCCUCUGGGAAAAGUGGGGCCCAGGGCGAAGAGCCUGAAUUGUUAACCAGGCUCCACUCAGCCUUCCAGACCCCUAACGCACUGGGAGGGGGAGGGUCGCCCACAGUUGGGUUGGCCUAA